UGAGGGGUAUAAGUAUAAUUACACAUUUUGGAUGAGGCCAGCAUCAACCAGGGGCUUUUGGUGCAGAAAAACUUUCAGCCUCUUCUUUUGCUAAAAACAAUUUGAGAUGUUUUAGUGCUAAAUUAAGCAUUUUGAGAAUCUCAGCUUUUAGGAUUGAUUCUAAUUUGAGCUUUCAUGCCUCAUUUGAGACUUUAAUCGCUACCCAAUGAUUUCAGCAGGUUUCGGCUCUGCCGUAUGCGUGAGACCUGUUGUCUCCUUUUCAAACACCAUAAGAAGAGUACACAACCAUGGAAGAGUUACAUGUUUGGCUACAUCCAUGUCAUCUGCCUCAAUGACUGUUGCAAGAGAUGCUGAAUACGAAUUGGAAAACCGAAAAUAUGAACUGCUUAAUAUCAUCCAAGAUACGCAACGAGGCCUAGUGACAACUGCUGAUCAACGAUCCACCAUUGAGGAGGCUAUGGUUGUGGUUGAAGGUUUUGAUGCUGGCAAGGAAAUUGACUUGAGUAAGUUGGACGGAACAUGGCGGUUGCAGUAUACAUCUGCACCAGACGUGCUCAUUCUUUUUGAAUCUGCUGCUAGGCUUCCAUUCUUUCAGGUGGGUCAAAUUUUCCAGAAAUUUGAGUGCCAGAAUGAAUCCCGUGGAGGAUUGGUACGCAAUGUCAUCAAAUGGAGUGUUCCACGAUUAUUAGAGGAGAAUGAAGGUGCUACUCUGAUAGUAACUGCCAGAUUUUCUUCCGUUUCUGCUCGUAAUAUUUACCUCAAGUUUGAGGAGAUAGGUCUUCAAAAUAUUAACAUCAGUGACGAUCUGCAAGCUGUAAUAGCUCCAGCAAUUCUGCCAAGGUCAUUUUUAAGUUUACAGAUACUGCAGUUUAUUCGAAGUUUCAAAGCUCGAGUUCCAGUGACCAGUCCAGAGAGACACUCUGUGGGGGGCCUCUAUUACCUUUCUUAUCUGGAUAAGAAUAUGCUUUUAGGCCGCGCUGUUGGAGGUGGUGGAGUAUUUAUAUUCACCAGGGCUCAUACUCUUAUUUGCUAACCAGCCAGUUCAAAUACAAAUAGUUCCAUUUGUGAGUGUAUGUUCCUAUUAAGUUUCACCAAUCUACCAUGCAUUUAUGGAUUCUCACACAUACGAAUAACAGAGAUGAAGAUCAAAGAUGAUAAGAAAGAAAUUUCUAUCAACGUUUCACUUGAUUAUACAAUGAGAGCAUUUACAAGAAGUCAAAUACAAAUUACAUUGUGUAGCUAGAUAAAAAUAUUGUUUUAUGUAUAUAUGUAUUACGUUUACCUUCUAUGCGAUUUUGCCUCUUUCUAUCUU